AUGAAGUUUGUGAUAUUAGCUUUACUUGCUUUGGCAUCUGGUCUUCAUGCCGCAAAAUUGGACUUAAAACCAUUAGGCUUUGUCCUUUUUGGAAAGCAUGGUGAAGGUACUACAGCCACUGUUGCAGCCGGCAAAUGUCCACUCGGAACUCUUCCCGACACUGUAUUCCUUCACAAGACCUUUGAAAAGGCAGGUCAUUUCUUCACAUGGGUUAGACCAGUACAUGGUAAGGUUGAUGAGGUAGCAUGUGGAUCACAUGCUGUUUGGAAGGCUGCCGCUGGUGAAGUACUUCUUGACUUGCACUUUGUAGGUAACAAGGAAUCUGAGAAGUUUGUCCACUUGGAACUUUUCCACCCAGCUGUAGGUUCACAUCACUUAUUCCUUAAAUUCGCCGCUGAUGGUACCGCCGCUGGUGUUCUUGGUAUGGCAGCCUUUGUAGUUGCUGCUCAUGGAUUAGUCGAAGGACUUCCUGCAUUUGAUGGUCUUCCUGCUCAUCCACUUGUCCAUGCUUUGGCUGCACAUGCUGCACAUGCUAAACAUGCUGGUGCUAGUGCCAAGGAUGGUCUUGGCGCUCAUGGCGCUGCCCUUGUUGCUGCCUAA